AAAGACAACCAAAAUCCUGCAAUCGAGUGGAACUAGGAGAGAGAAGCCAAAUUAUUGUUGUUUUCAUCAUUUCAUGAUCCAAGGUAGAGUAGAAGCAUAUCGAGUGUUUUGUACGGUUAAUAGGAAGAUCCUGUUUGUAAAAAGCAAGCUUAACCAUGGAUACAAGUAAACUAAACAAAGGGUUUUGAAUCCAAGUCAUUCUUGUUCUCACUGAGCAACCCAAAUAAUCUAAAAACAUGGUAGUGGGAUGCUUCAAAGUCAAACAAAGAUCAUCAAAUGUAGUUAUAUGAAAUCAUGAAUGUUCCCUCUCCUUUCUCCAAAACUAGACCCACCUCAUACAAAUUUCUUUUUUUACAUAUCUUUGGUCAUUAGCCCCACCACUUCAUCAUUCAUCUACUUUUUCUGUUCAUAACAAUUCUAAAAUCCCCCUUUUUUUUUCCCACAAAUUUCGAAAUGCUUUUUUUCUGCCGAACCAUCAGUGGAUCAGUGCAACCUCCUGAAUGGAAUCUAUUUAGGUUAAAGAAUGAAAGGCCUAAUUUGGACACUUUAUAGCCUUAGCCCUUAUAUAUAGGCUUUGGUAAAAAGAAAUGGAAAAAAGGCUACUCUAAGCAAGCAUGCUUUUUAACCAAUUUGUCCAUUCUGACAUUGUCAUUGAUCUUAAUGACUGAAAAUAGAGAGUUCAAGUGAUUGCAAUAAAAAUAAAUGAAACUUGAAUUGAGUUCAGUUUGUUUGUUUUUUCUUUUUAAUUAUAAUUGAGCCUAUUAUUUCUUAAGCACUGUUCCAUAAGGACAAGAAAACAGGGAAGAUAGAACAUGUAAUACGUCUGCCACUGAAUUAUCACUAAACCAGCUUGGCCCACUGUAUCAUAGCAUAGCAAGGUGUUAUAUAAUUGGAAUUCGAAAUUCAAAAAUAAUUUUUGACCCAAUUUAUCUAAAAAAUUACUACUAAUUAAUAAAAAGACAACAAAAUAAAGAUUGCAAUAUUAACUUUUUGUAAUUAGAACCCAUUUUUUGAGGCCGGAAAUCACUCUUGAUUAAUAACCGACAAGAAAUUCUUCACUCUUGACUUAAUGCUUUCCAUGUUUGCUUCCUCCCACAAUCUCCCUUUCGUGCCAAAAUUUUCUCCACAACCAAAUCCCAGAAUCUUUAAUUCCUUAAUCUUCACUUCUGUCUUUUAUCUCUUUCACUCUCUGGUCUUUUAAACAAAGCCAAUCUAAAAUCUAAAGCAUAGUCUUAAGUCUCCAAGAGUCUUAUACUAUGCAAAUUUUAAUAAACUAGUGACACCAAGAACAUUUAAUCACCAUCAAAUUUUUUUUUUUUUAAUGUUUGUGGAUCAAAAAUGGGGACUGCAACAUCAUCCAUGGCAGCCAAGUUUGCAUUUUUCCCGCCGAACCCGCCUUCCUACAACAUAACUGUGAAUGAAGCAAGUGGGAAAAUGAGGUUCUCAGAUGUUAAUUACCAGAGAGAUAACGUGGAUGUAUUGAAGCUGAGUACCAAGAGAGGGAAUGAGAUUGUGGCUAUGUAUGUGAAGAACCCAUCUGCUUCACUCACAGUGCUAUAUUCUCAUGGAAACGCUGCUGAUAUUGGUCAGAUGUAUCAUAUUUUCACUGAGCUCAGUGUCCACCUUAAUGUUAAUCUUAUGGGAUAUGAUUACUCAGGAUAUGGACAAUCCAGUGGAAAGCCAAGCGAGCAAGACACAUACGCAGACAUAGAGGCAGCUAACAAAUGCUUGGAAGAGAUGUAUGGAAUAAAACAGGAAGACACAAUAUUGUAUGGGCAAUCAGUUGGGAGUGGACCUGCUUUAGAACUAGCCAUUCGGUUGCCUCACUUGAGGGCUGUAAUUCUCCACAGUCCAAUCUUGUCUGGCCUUCGUGUCAUGUAUCCAGUCAAGCGUACAUUAUGGUUUGACAUUUAUAAGAACAUUGAUAAAAUUCCUCUAGUUGACUGCCCUGUUUUGGUAAUUCAUUUAACACUGUUUUGCAGGGAACUGAAGAUGAAGUGGUGAACUUCUCUCAUGGGAAGCAACUUUGGGAACUAUGCAAAGAGAAGUAUGAACCUUUGUGGCUCAAAGGGGGAAACCAUUGUGAUUUGGAACUCUACCCUGAGUACUUAAGGCACCUUAGGAAGUUCAUAUCGGCCAUUGAG